GAGAAAGAGAGAGAGAUAGAGAGAGAAAAGAGGAAGAAGAAAGACCAGCGAAGAUCGGCGGCGAAGAUCGAGAGCGAAGCGACCGAGGCCGCCGGCAGCAGCGAUGGAGAAGGGGAAAGGCGUUAUGGGAGCGGGGCGGCGGUGGGCGGUCGACUUCACCGACAACUCGACCUCCCCGGCCUCCCGCGACGUCCCCGAUCCUCUCGGCUUCUCCCGCGCCUCCCUCGAUCAGGAUGAUUCUGCAGUCUCCCGACAGAAGAAGGACGCCGAGGCUAAUUGGAAAUCUCAGAAAGCAUGGGAGGUGGCGCAGGCCCCGUUCAAGAAUUUGAUGAUGAUGGGGUUCAUGAUGUGGAUGUCUGGAAGCACUGUCCAUCUCUUUAGCAUUGGUAUCACGUUUUCGGCCCUUUGGCAGCCAUUAAGCGCUCUUCAGGGAGUUGGAAAAGUUUUUGAGCCAUACAAGGACAAUAAGGUUGAGCUUCUUGUACCAAAGUUACUCUAUAUAGCCCUUAAUCUGGGAGGUUUAGCACUUGGUGUUUGGAAGCUUAAUACACUUGGCCUACUUCCUACACAUGCAUCAGAUUGGGUCUCAUCCUUACCUCCAGCACAGGAGGUCGAAUACUCAGGUGGGGGCAUCCCUCUACAUUAACGCAACAGGGCCUACAAUUUCAAGAUCGAUCUCCAAGUAUGGAAGUGCUGGAAUGAAUUUUUCUCUGUUAUCCAUUUUGAUCCUUGGAUCCAUCGCUGGCAGAGUGGUUCAGUCUUGGUCGAUCAUCUACUGAGGUCUUGUCAGCAUCGCUGUAGUUGUCGAGUAAACUAGUUGGAUGGUGACUGAUGCUAAAUUUAGUUCCCCAGUUAAUGCUACUUUUGCAUCAAGAAGGCGCCAUCUGAAAAUGAUGGUUCAUCAACUGUUUCAUCUAUUAUCACUCUUAAGACUGUUUUUUUUGUCAGGAUGGUUUAACUCUGUUCAGGCCUUUUGCCAUUACUGUAGUUUAUCAAGCAUCCAUCAGAUUCUUAUUUCCUUAUGUGACAGAUUAUUGAUCUUAUAGUAAGCACGAUAUAUGGGCUAA